AACCGCCUUCAAAACAAAACAAUAUGGCUGACAGUACGCACAACGGAAAGUGAACUGGGAUGCAUUAAUAAAAUUUGAUAGUGAUAAAAUUGCCAUUGAUUUUCGUUAUUGACAUGAUCAUUGUACUAUUUCACGUUCUUUAUUUUUUUAGCAAGUUUGUAUAUCAAAAUUACGGAAAUAAAAAGCAAAAAACCAUAAACGAUGAUACGAUUAACACGGAUAUACAAUUCAAGAUUUCUGAAAGAGAUUAUAAAAUGAUAGAUCCAUCUGCACCUCAGGAUUUUGAAGAAAAAUCUAUUAAAUUUUUUCCACCAGCAUAUUUACAAAGAUACAUUGCUGUAGCUGAUGUAAUUGAUAAAUAUCAUGGGAAAUUACGCAAGAUUGUUGAUUUUGGAUGUGCAGAACUUGAUUUUUUGGUUUAUCUAAAAAAUAGAGCUGGUAUAGAAGAAAUAUUAUGUGUGGAUGUUGAUAGAUCACUUUUAGAAGCUUCUAAAAGUAAGGCUGCUCCCUUAGUAUCUGAAUAUUUGCAUACAAGGACUACACCUCUUGUAGUUGAAAUAUGUGAGGGUAGUGUUAUUCACAAUGACAAGAAAUUAGAAAAUACUGAUGCUGUGAUCUGCAUAGAAUUGAUUGAACAUUUACAUUCAGAUAUCUUAUUGGAUGUACCUUAUAAUAUUUUUGGAUAUAUUAAACCAAAAUUGGCAGUAAUAACAACGCCAAAUGCAGAUUUUAAUGUACUGUUUCCAAAUUUUUCUGGGUUCAGACAUCCUGAUCAUAAAUUCGAAUGGACUAGAGAACAAUUUCAAAAUUGGGCUGAUAAUAUUGUUUUAAGAUAUCCUGACUAUUCUGUAACUUUUGAUGGAAUUUGUAAAGGUCCAGAAGGUUCAGAACAUCUAGGAUGUUGUACUCAAAUGGCUGUUUUUCAUCGUAUUAGUGAAAAAGAAUUUUGUAAUAUUGGUAUUGAAAAUUUAUUUAAAACUAUAGUUAAAUAUGAAUAUCCAUUUCGAAUAGAUAAUCGUUCAGAUGAGGAAAAAAUUCUUGAUGAAGCUGCAUAUUAUAUUAGAUAUCUAUCUUAUCAAAAUGAAGAUAUGGAGGAAGAAGUUCCAUUAAAUGUAUUAAUAAAUAUGUUAAAGUCAUUUCAUAUUUCUACAAAUACAUUGCAAACAAUUUUAGAAGAUGGUGGUUGGACAAUUGAAAAUCAUGAAUCUGGACCAGUUGUACUAGUACCACCAAUUUCAACAUUUUCUGAUGAUAGUGCAGUAUUAAGCGAAAUAGCGCAAUUUAAUGACCAUUCUGAUCUUUAUUCAGAUGAAGACUGGCCUAGAGAAGCUGGACCACCUAUAAAUUGUAAUAGAUUUUUGAGACAAGAAUCUUCAGAUAUAUGGACCAAUGAAAAUUGGAAUGAGGAAAGUAUUGUUAUUCCACAAAAUAAUUCUAUUCCUAAUAACAAUACCUAUCUCUUUGAUGAAGAAAAUGUUUUAUUAAAUAACGAAUCUGAAACGACAAGAAAUACCGAAAUUUUUGAAAGAGAAAAUGAAAUUAGCGAUGAAGAAAAUUUAAUAAAUGCAAUAUCUAACAUAGAUAAUUUUAACAACUCGUUUUAUAAUGCCAAUCGAUUACGUUUAAAUGAAUCAACAGAAUUACCUAAUUCUUUAGCAAGUUCUUUAACAAAAUUUGAAGAUGUGAAAGAAGACUCAUUUUUUUAUAUAGUAUCAGAUGCACAGAAUGAUCCCACGUCAAGUACAGCACAAAAACUCAAUCGUACAUUAGAUAUUCCGGUAUAUAUGUCCGUUUCGCGAGCAUCUACUUCACCCGAACCAUAUCUUUUACACGCUAUCAAAAUGGAUUUAAAAAACGAUAGUAUGUAUAAUCAAAGUAUGAGUAAUCAUUGGAUGUUAAAUAAUUCUUUUGAACAGGUUUUAAAUAUGUCAAUAGAUGCACAAGACACAAAUAAUACCAAACACAACAAAUCAUUAGAAUAUAAUUGUGAUGAUCAUUUGCAUAAUAAAUAUUUAAAUACAUCAUAUAAAGGAAAUGAAGAUUCUGACAUUGAAUACAAUAUAGAUAAUACAAAUACAAGUACAAAUUAUUUUAACCAAAGUGAAGUGCAAAAUGAUAGACACAAUAGUAAGAUCUCAAAAAGUAAUUCUAAACUAGAAGAUGAAUCAAACAAUGUAGUUGUUACUAGUAAUGCUUUAAUAGAAAAUCGACCACAAUUUACAAGUUCACCAAAAAUUGAGAUUAAAAUGAAUAACAUGAAAAAAAAGCAAAGAUCUCUUGAUUAUGAUGAACAAAAAAAUGAUUCUAGUUCAAAUAUUACACAGAAAUCUCAAUUAACUAAUGAUAGCAGUAAUAAUUUAUCAGAGAAUAAUAAAAUACUUUCACAAAGUAAUAAAAAUAUAAAUAUAUUUACUAUGUCAGAUAGUUAUUCAAAUGCAAUAAAAGAAAACUAUAAUAAAGAUACAUCUCUUAUGCAUCAAGUUGAUGAAAAAAUAAAAAAUAAAAACCAGUUAACAAAUAAUUCUAAUCAAAAUAUAUUUAUUGAUAGUGAUGCAUUGACAAUAGCUUCUACAUUAAAUAACGAUAUACAAAUAACAGAAGAAUUACUUGAAACAAAUUUUAUGAGUAGUAACAAUAGUAAAAAAAGGAUAACUUCAUCAUUAAAUUCUAUAUUUGAUCAAAAUAAGUGGCCAGAUUUUUCUAUUACAGAAAAUAUAGUAAAAGAACAAAAAGAGUUUCCUAUACUAAAUACAAAUAACAUACAAUCAAUAAAUUGUGAUACAAAGUUUUCAUUAAAAAAUCAAUUAAUAAUUAAAUCUGAGUCGCAAAUAGAUAUUUAUAACAAUGAUGGAAGGACUGAAUUACAUAAUGAUCAUAACUUAAAAAAUAUUAAAAAUGUAAAUAAUACUGAAGUAUCUUCUAAUCAUGCCAAAGAUAUUACUAGUUUAGAAAAUAUUCCUUUAGUAUCUACUCUUCAUAUUGAAGAUGAAAGAAGCAUUCAAUUUAUAUCAGUAUUAAAAAGUGAAGAACGAUCUGAAUGUAAUAUAAAAAAUCUUGAAUCAAAAUAUAAGAAUAUAAAUAUCGUGGAAGUAAUAGAAAACAUUGAAUUAAAAUCUUCUUCUCCAGAAAUUGUAGAAACACCUCCAAAAAGUUGGUCUCCUGAAAUAAUAGAUUCUGGAUAUCCAAAUUCCGCUUCUGCUCAAGAUAUGACACCAGAAUAUGAUUUACCAAGUAUUGCACAAGAUCAUAUAUCCGAAUCCGAAUCGGCAAGUAUAGCAGAAGCACCAGAAGUCGGAAUGCUUGAAGUGAUUGAAGUUGAAAACGGUGAUCUUGCAAAUAAUAAUAGAGAUGAUGAAGGCAAUAAUAUGAUAGCUGCAGAAUUAAAUGAUUUGGAAGAUUUGCAACCCUUAAUUGAAGUACUUGAAAAUGAUAUUGAAAAUGAGAAUGAUAUUUAUGCUGUAGAGAAUGAUUUUCCUAUAUGGUUAUUAAGAAUACUUAAUAUGGCUAAUCCAAUUGAUGUUGAAAUACACAUGAGAGAUCAUAGAGAAUUAAGAUUUGCAAACAGAGUAGCAGAUGAUGAUGCAAGAUACAUAAAUAUAGAACGCGAUGAAGGUUUUGACAGUACUUCAGAAGAAAAUAGUGAUUUAGAAAAUAAUGAAAUGAGAGAUAAUAUAAAUGAAAAUGCGCUAAAUAUUGAAAAUGAUAAUGAAAAUGCUUCUAACAGCGAUAGUGGAAGUGAACAAUGGAUUACAGGUGACACGUGAUACCAUUGAAAUAAAUGUAAAUGAUUUGACAUAUCAUAAUAUGCU